UCAAAAAACCGACAUUAUUUUGGCGGUUAUCGCAUUACUUAUUAAUUAAGCACGCGUGUUUUUAAUUUUGUUAUAAUUUCUGAUCAAAAUAGCAAUCUAGACAAUGGCAGAAAAACUAGAAGAUUUGAACCUUCCGUUAACCGUAGUCACACGUAUAGUAAAGGAAGCUUUGCCAGAAGGAGUUUCAAUCUCGAAAGAGGCCCGGACAGGGCUUGCGAAAGCUGCGUCGGUUUUCGUUCUGUACGUUACUUCGGCGGCAACAAACAUAGUGGAAAAGAAGAAGAAGAAGGCCCUAACUGGUCAAAUAGUGCUGGACGCUAUGAAAGAUAUAGAAUUCGACAGAUUUGUAGAACCGUUGACGGAAUCUUUGGAGCAGUAUAAACAAGUGAUGUCGGCGCGAAAAUCGGGCGGCAAGAAGAAAGAAGAGGAGCCGGAAGUGAUUGAGGACGAUUGAUGCGUUUACGUUGGUCACUAUAUCUAAAUUAAGUUAGUAUCAUAGUUUACUGUAGUACAAAAACCUAAGUAAAUUCUAAGUAAUUGAACUGAUGUGACCAUGAGUUAUUGUAACCUGCAGUUGUUGGAAUGCUUUUCAGAACCCAGUGCCGGAUUAAGACUUAUAGAAAAUGUGUGCCCUGUCGUCUCCUUGGAAUCAUCUAUCCAAUUCAAUAAACUUGAUAUUUAAACAUCAAAUUGACUGUACAUACAGUCAGUUAAAAAUUAUGAAUCAAUCUGUGCGUCAAAAGUAUCAUCAUUCUCUAAUAGCUUAACAAAGAUAUAUGUCCCUGUAUGUACAGUCAAGUGUAUAAAUAUGGGUGCAUAUAACUUACUCAAAAAUGUGUCCCAGAGUUCUUAAUUCAUGGACAUAAGAGCUAUGGGACAUAUUUUUGAGUAUGAUGAGUGCACCCAUAUUUUUACACUUGACUGUACAACAAUUAGACUGACAGAUACUUUAGAAUGCAAACUGUAGAGAAACAUAUUGUUAUAUUCGAACUUAAACUAUUGUGAGACAUAUUUCAAAAUAUUUAGAUAAGUACGGUUUUUACUCACUAUUAUUUUUAGUCGCUUUUGGCGACAUGUUUCGGAUGCGACGACUAAAAAUAAUAGUGAGUAAAAACCGUACUUAACUAAAUAUAUUGGUAUAUUGUUUAAUACACUAGCAGCUGAAAGCGUAUAUAUCACUGCACUUGGUUUUUUUUUUUUAACUAUUGUUCUUUUUGUUAGUUGUUUUAAGUGUUUGUCAAGUCUGUUUUUAAAAGUGUUCACUGAAGGAGCACAUAUCUUAUACUUUUUGAGCAUUGUUUCAUAUGCUUCUAAUGAUGCUGACUAUACCCCUUAAGCAACUACUUACUUUGCAAAUAGAUUAAUUUAGAAAGACCAUUAUUUUCGUUGUUUUGUUUCUGACCACUCUUGUCACGCUUGUAUGUGUUGUAUAAAAAAAAAAAGUUGAGUGCUAUCGCAUGUCUAGCUGUAGAUUAUAUUUUACAAGAGAAAAAUUCAAAACUAAAUUUCAUCUCAAUAUAACAUUUCAAAAUUUCGCGUUUUGAACACGUAUUAAAUUUAAAUCACAUUUACUAUCUGGUCUAUCACGAAUUUAUUUUAUUACCUUUAUGUAACCCAAACAUUAAAUGCACUUUUCGUCGGGUAGCCACACAAAUCUCUUUGACAUUUUGCUGGGACGUCAGUUAGCCGCGACCACGACCAGUGAAACCUGUGUCGACACGUCGGUAAAUAACGGUAACAAAAUAAAUUCGUGAUAGACUUGAUUGUAAAUGUGAUUUAAUAAAUUUCAUCUCAUACAAAAAGCUCCACUUCGUCACAUUUUUUGGGGACAAAAAGAAAGACAAUGAAGAGAAUUUUGAUCCUUAUAUCUGCCAAGUGUAAACUAUGUAUUCAGUAGUAGUAGUGAUAACUUUAUUGUACACAACACCGGUAUUAUUAUGCUGCUUCAACUAAAUUAGUAUGAAACUAGUGUUUGUAUAAUGUUUGGAAAAUCAUAUGUUAUUUUGUAAGAUAGUAGUUAUAAGUUUUAUGUGAUGAAAUACAUGAUUCCUGUUUUUUAAA